AUGGAAGAAAUCGGCAUAGCGAUCAAACCUGAGGAGACGAUUCCCAUCACUACAGAGACGAGCGAAAUACUUGAAGAAUUAAAUGAAGAGGAUUUAUACACAAAACUUAAAAAACUUCAAAGACAUCUCGAAUUUUUAGAGUUGCAAGAAGAGUACAUAAAAGAUGAACAAAAGAAUUUAAAACGUGAAUUAAUCCGGGCUCAAGAAGAAGUUAAAAGAAUUCAGUCCGUACCUUUGGUGAUUGGACAAUUCUUGGAACCGAUCGAUCAACACACAGGAAUUGUAGGCUCUACGACAGGAUCUAAUUAUGUUGUUCGAAUUCUCAGCACAAUUGAUCGUGAAUUAUUAAAACCGUCCUCUUCAGUAGCACUUCAUCGUCACUCAAAUUCAUUAGUUGAUGUGUUACCUCCAGAGGCCGAUAGUAGCAUUGCCAUGCUUGGAGCAGAUGAAAAGCCUGAUGUAACAUAUUCGGAUGUUGGAGGGCUUGACAUUCAAAAACAAGAAAUUCGGGAAGCAGUAGAACUUCCAUUGACACACUUUGAUUUGUAUAGACAAAUUGGAAUUGAUCCUCCAAGGGGUGUUUUGUUAUAUGGUCCACCAGGAACAGGAAAAACUAUGCUUGUAAAAGCUGUUGCUCAUCAUACCACUGCUUCUUUUAUCCGAGUUGUCGGCUCCGAAUUUGUUCAAAAAUAUUUAGGUGAGGGACCUCGUAUGGUUCGUGAUGUGUUUCGAUUGGCUCGCGAAAAUUCACCAUCCAUCAUUUUUAUCGAUGAGAUUGAUGCAAUCGCUACCAAACGAUUUGAUGCGCAAACUGGUGCUGAUCGUGAAGUACAAAGGAUUCUUUUGGAGUUAUUAAAUCAGAUGGAUGGGUUUGAUCAAACAUCAAAUGUGAAGGUCAUUAUGGCUACAAAUCGCGCUGACACAUUAGAUCCGGCUUUGCUGAGACCCGGACGUCUCGAUCGAAAGAUUGAAUUUCCUACUCCUGAUAGACGUCAAAAGCGUUUAAUCUUUUCUACAAUUACUUCUAAUAUGAAUCUUUCCGAGGAAGUUGACCUCGAAGAUUUCAUAUCUCGACCAGAUAAACUUAGUGGUGCCGAAAUUCAUGCUAUCUGUCAAGAGGCCGGUAUGCAAGCUGUCCGAAAGAAUCGUUAUGUUAUUCUUAGUAAAGAUAUAGAAAAGGGAUAUAAAGCCAAUGUCAAGAAGGCCGAUACAGAUUUUGAAUUUUACAAAUAA